AUGGCGAGUUGCUCCUGCGCUCGCGACCAAGCGACCAGGAGGCUGAGCGCUGCAGCGGCGGCAACAGCGGCAGCUCUAGCUGUGCUGGCGACCACCCCACUUCUUCCCUCGGGCACCUCGACCGCACUCAUUGGGACCGGGUCGUCUUGUCCGGGAGCCAUGUGGCUCUCCACGGCCACUGGCUCCCGGUCAGACUCGGAGUCCGACGAGGAGGACCUCCCCGUCGGGGACGAAGUCUGCAAACGCGGCUACCUGCGGAAGCAGAAGCAUGGGCACAGGCGCUACUUCGUGCUCAAACUCGAGACCGCCGACGCCCCGGCUCGGCUGGAAUACUACGAAAAUGCCAGGAAGUUCCGGCACAGUGUCCGCGCCGCGGCGGCUGCGGCUGCGGCGGCCGCCUCUGGCGCCGCGGUCCCCGCGCUCAUCCCGCCGCGACGCGUGAUCACCCUGUACCAGUGCUUCUCCGUGAGCCAGCGAGCCGAUGCCAGGUACCGCCACCUCAUCGCCCUCUUCACCCAGGACGAGUACUUCGCCAUGGUGGCCGAGAACGAGUCGGAGCAGGAGAGCUGGUACUUGCUGCUCAGCCGCCUCAUCCUCGAGAGCAAGCGCCGCCGCUGCGGCACGCCCGGCGCGCAGCCGGAUGGAGAGCCGGCCGCGCUGGCGGCUGCAGCGGCGGCGGAGCCACCCUUCUACAAAGAUGUGUGGCAGGUAAUAGUCAAGCCCAGGGGGCUGGGGCACCGAAAAGAGCUGAGCGGCGUGUUCCGGCUUUGUCUUACCGACGAGGAGGUGGUGUUCGUGAGGCUGAAUACCGAGGUGGCCAGCGUGGUCGUCCAGCUCCUGAGCAUCCGUCGCUGCGGGCACUCAGAGCAGUAUUUCUUCUUGGAGGUCGGUAGAUCCACCGUCAUUGGUCCCGGGGAGCUCUGGAUGCAGGUCGAUGACUGUGUGGUGGCCCAAAACAUGCACGAGUUGUUUUUGGAGAAGAUGAGAGCCCUGUGCGCGGACGAAUACAGAGCCCGCUGCCGCAGCUACAGCAUCAGCAUCGGCGCCCACCUGUUAACCCUGCUGUCCACUAGGAGGCACCUGGACACGCUGCCGCGUGAGCCCGGUGGCUGGCUGAGAAGGUCCCGCUUUGAGCAGUUUUGCCACCUCAGGGCCAUCGGGGACGGGGAAGACGAGAUGCUCCUUGCCAGGCGCUACAUGACACCCAGCGAACCUGUGCCCCCCUCCAGGCGAGGAAGACUGCACCUGCCCAGAGCGCGCCGCUCCAGGAGACCGAUUUCGGUUCCAGCCAGCCUUUUCCGCCGCCUCCCGCCCAGCCCGGUGCGUGUCCCGCAUCCCGCUGAAGUCCUGAACGACAGAGCUUGCCUGUCUCCUGAAGCUUCUGGCUCUGGCAACUCUGGGGAUGAAGGCAGUCCUCAGGGCCAAGAGGGACAGGAAGGAAACGGAGGUGACUACAUGCCCAUGAACAAUUGGGGCUCGGGAAAUGGCCGGGGCUCCGGAGGUGGCCAGGGCGCAAGUGGCCAAGGCUCCAGUAACCAGAGUUCAGGGGGAAACCAGUGCUCAGGUGGGGGGCAGGGCUCUGGAGGUGGCCAGGACUCUAGCGGUGGCCAGGGCUCAGGGGGCCAGGGUACGGGAGGAAACCAACGUUCAGGAGCUGGCCAGAGUACUGCGGGUGGACACGGCUCUGGCGGCGGCCAGGGAGCCGGAGGUGGACACGGCUCAGGCGAUGGGCAGGGACGGGGUGAUGGCCACGGCUCCCGCCGUGGCAAGAACUCUGGAGGGGGCAAAGGCUCAGGAGGUGGGAAGACUUCCGAUGGCAGUGGUGACCCUGGAAAAUCUCUGAAGAAAAGAUCCUACUUUGGCAAACUAACUCAAAGCAAGCAGCAGCAGAUGCCACCUCCUCCACCCCCACCCCCACCAGCAGGAGCAACUGGUGGUAAAGGGAAGUCUGGGGGAAGGUUCCGACUUUAUUUUUGUGCCGACAGAGGAGCCCAGAAAGAUCGAAAGGAGGCCAAAGAGGUCAAGGACAAGGCAGACAGCCCAGAAGGUGCAGCUCGGGGCCCCCUCAGAGCCAGGGCUUUUGAUGAAGAUGAGGAUGACCCCUAUGUGCCAAUGAGGCCAGGGGUGGCUGCCCCUCUUGCAAGCUCCAGCGAUUAUAUGCCGAUGGCUCCCCAAAACUUCUCUGCUUCAAAACGCCACUCUCGAUCACCUUUCGAAGAUUCAAGGGGGUACAUGAUGAUGUUUCCUAGGGUGAGCCCACCACCAGCCCCAAGUCCCCAGAAAGAGCCAGAUCCUGAGAAGGAGGAUGAGUCAAAGGACAAUGACAGUGAGAGUGACUAUAUGUUUAUGGCUCCUGGAGCCGGUGCAAUUCCAAAAAACCCCAGAAAUCCUCAGGGCGGCUCUUCCUCUAAAAGCUGGAGCUCCUACUUCUCUCUGCCAAAUCCUUUUCAUGGCUCCCCAUUGGGACAGAGUGACCACAGUGAGUAUGUACCAAUGUUACCUGGAAAAUUCUUGGGAAAUGGCCUGGACAAGGCAGCCUCGUCUAACUGGGGCCCCAAGCAUGCAGUUUCAAAGCCUCCAGUCGAGGGGUCAUUCUCAAAGCCUAGGGAUGGGGGGACACGCUGGAAGCCUUCAGAUAAUGGGUCCCCCAAGAACAAGGCCAAAAGACCCAACCGUUUCUCUUUUAUUACAAAAGGAAAUAAAAUCAAGCCCAAAUCACAGAAGCCCACACGUGCGCAGAGAGAAGCUGACAGCUCUAGUGUCUACGUCAACAUUGACUUCACUAAAAGCGGGAGCAAUAUGCCAGCCCCCUUUAUUCAAGGACUGCCCGGUUCAUGGGGCAUCAUCGCUGGCCCCAGACCGUCAGCCUUUUCUCACUAUGUGAACGUUGAGUUCGAAGUGCUAUUUCCACACCCGGCACAAAACUUUUCGCAUCUUUUCAGAGCUAUUCCAGGUGCCAACCCCCUUUUCCUGGAAGGUGCUAGGUGGCCACUCGUGCCUCUUCCUCCCAGCGCCACAGGUGGCAGUGCCAGUGAGGAAGAGGGUGACUACAUCGAAGUGAUUUUCAACCCAGCAAUGACACCGGCCGUGCCUUUCGGUGACAGCGCCAUCCGCUAUGACGCGGAAACAGGUCGAAUCUAUGUGGUUGACCCCUUUUCCGAGUGCUGUAUGGACAUUUCUCUCUCCCCCAGUCGCUGCUCCGAACCGCCACCUGUAGCCAGGCUGCUGCAGGAAGAACAACAGCUGGAGCGGAGGCGCCCGCAAGACCGUUCGCAGAGUUUCUUUCCGUCCGCCAGGGCUGCGGUCUCGGCUUUCCCCACCGACAGUCUCGAGAGAGACCUCCCCGCCUCCCUUGCCUCGGCCGCCGCCGCCGCCGCCGCCUCCGCCGCCGCGCCGGCCUUAGCUUUGGGCCGGGCGUUAGCCGCCGCCUCCGCCCUCGCCGCGGCCCCGGGCAUCGGUGCAGGCGCCAGGGGCUUGGAGGCCGCUGCUGGGUUUGACUCCACCUUCGUCCGCUGGUUCCAACCUGUUGCAGGCUCGGCCGCUGCCGCCGCCGCCGCGGUGCGGGGGGCCCAAGCCGUGGCCGCUGGCUCGAACCCGAGAGCCCGGCACCCAUCUGCGGACUUGGCUGGAGGUGAGAACUGGGCCACAGCGGCCGUCCCCCCGCCGCCGCCGCCACCACCGCCGCCGCCACCACCGCCGCCUCGCCGCCCGGUGCCGAGUCCCCCUGAGCAACAGGUUUCUGACGACGACCACGACGACGACGAUACCUACGUGAGAAUGGACUUUGCCAGACCUGACAACAAGAAGUCUCACUCUCCCCGCAGAGGAUACAUUGCCAGAAACCUUGAGUGUCCGUUCCCUGUCACUAGUAGUGACAGGUCCAAGGCUGUGCUGCCCACUCUGCUCUCACUUGUUGACACAGAGGCAGCUGGGCCAGCGUUUAAAGCUAUUUUCAUGGUUGGAUUGACCACAAUAUGUCUGAUGCUGGCCAGACCUUCUGGAUUUACUGAAUAUCCAAUUCCCCCUAAAUUGUAG